GCGCAAUAAAACAAGGUUUGGGUACCCAGCUGACCACAUAUGACUUGAACCUUUUUUUCUAAUUUCGAAAAUUUGAAUUCAAUUUAUUAUAUUGCUCCGACAAUGAAACGUUAUUAUUUCGCGCGUCUUGAAAUGAAUUUGUCAAAGUAAGUAGGUGCCUACUUGACCAUCAAUCAUUGAGUUAUUGGCAUAAAAAAAGUCCGAAAAACGCUAUCACUUUUUCCAAAAUAUUCGAAUAAAUCAUUCACAAAGCAACAUUUCCAUGCUCCAUGCUUCGGUAAAAAGCUAAUAAUUUUUUUUCUUCAAAUACUAACUCAAAUCCAAUGAAACAAAAUGAAACCAGAUUCAAAUUUUAAUCCCUCGUUUUACCACACACGUCUCCCUCAUCUUCGACAACUUCGCUGAAAUACUCACGAUGAAUUUGUAUUUAAUUCUUCUCUUCCUGUUCUUACACUUCUCCCCUAUUACUUCAAAUUUGAAGGAUCGAUACGACUUCGACGCUUCCAUCUUGGACGACGAUCAAGACGUCCUCAUCUCGAAAGAGGAUCUCUCCGAAGACGUAGACCCUGAAGAAGACAUAAAUAAGGAAGUACUCAUAAUCCCAAGAUCGGAAAAAAUCCCGGUGACAAAUUCUCUAACAAAAAUCUCCAGAAGAUGCAUCGAAUUAAUAAACAGUCAGACAUUUGUAGACAAAACGCAAUUCCUGGAGGCUUUAUUGGAAAGUCGAAGACAAACCCAAAUGAAUGUAAUAACAAGUCCGCAUGGAUUUGGAAAAACAACGCUGUUGGAUCUGAUCAAGUUCUUCGUCCAAACCGAAGUCGAUCCUAAGACAGGUACUCCUCUAAAAAUCGAAAAAAUGAUGAGCUUCUCGGUAUUCGCCAAUAAAUCUUCAAACUUACACGUAUCUCGAACACUUUCGUUCAUUUACGGUCAUCUUGGUCAUCGCCCAGUGAUUUAUUUAAAUUUGAAGAAAAUCAUCGGUAAAACUAUCAAAUCGACUUGGAAAAACUUGCAAUCCAGGAUAAAAAAAUUAUUCAACGAAUACGCAUGGAUGGUGAACAAAAUCAAACAUAAAUACCAAACAAAACGAUACGAUUGCACGGUCAAUGAGAAAUUGCAGUACGCCGUGAUGGAUAAAAUAAUGACUAAUCAGAAAGUAAACGCUGCAACUUUCGAGAUGUGUUUAUUUAUAUUUUCCGAAGCGCUUUAUAUGCAUUUUAAAAGACGAGUCGUCGUUUUAAUCGACGAUUUCGAUGAUCCUUUGAUCGAGAUGGCGACUCAUCCGCAAGAUGAUUUCCCACGUGAGAAGGUUGCUCUAGUAUUAGGCAACAUGCUCGACAGAUUAUUAGUAGGAAUAGACAAGUUGAAAUACGUAGAUGUAGCUCUUUUGACAGGAACUACUCAUGUUAGAUUAUCAAUAACUUUCCAAUCGUACGCCAAGUUAUUUAAAUUCAAUCGAUUUCUAGAUGGUCAUCCAUUCGCGAGUUAUUUCGGGUUUACGGAAACCGAGGUUAAAGAUUUAUUCAAGAAACAUAAUUUAGAUGAGAAAGAUCUCGACGAAGUGAGAGAAUUACACAAUGGGUACGUCACAGUAAACGAACGUAAUCCAACGAUUUUGUACUGUCCUCAAUCUGUAAUAUCAUUCCUGAAUCAAAAACUAGAUUCAGAUAAUCAACCUUUUUUACCUUUGGUUAAUAAUCCAUCGCUAACCAAAUUCGUUCGUGUUUUAAGACACGAUCAAAUUCGCUCAAUGAUUUCGCAACUUCUCGUUUCCCAACCGGUUGUUUUUGCUUUGGCGAGAAGAAUGGAAUACGAAGAUUUGGAACAUUUGGGUAAAUUUCUAAAUGAUGAAGUACCUGAUCGAGAUGGAAACGUUGUCCAAACAUUUUUCACCUUCUUGCUUGACCAAGGUUACCUCACCAAUGCUCAAUACCCUAAAGCAAAAACGACUGUGUUUCAAGUCACUAAUAAGGAAAGUUUGCAAGGAUUAGCUGGAUUUUUCUACGAAUACUUCGUGAAUUAUGAAAACCUCGAUUUAAACUCGAUUGCAGUUUUAUUCAAUAAUAUUUAUACUAGUGACGAAGUCUCAGAGCAGAUGUUAAUCGAGUUGAAGAAAACAUUAAGAAAUCUUUAUCCCGAUGAGGAGAAUCCUGACAUUAAUGAAUAUCGAAUGCAUACUUUGAUUUAUUGCACAUUGCUGAAGAAUUACCUGAACGAUACGAUAGAGGUGAAAAUUAAUUCCGAUCCUGAUAUGGAAACCGAUACAGAAAUUCGAGCUGAUAUUUUCUUCUCGAACAGGGAUCGUUCAAGAGCGAUGAUUAUUGAAAUUCGACAAGAUAUAACAGCAAAACAAGCUCUGCAACUGGCUGUAAAAAGUUUAAACAAAUGGAAAACCGAGAGAAAAUUAAAAAUUAUCAAGUAUAUAGGAAUAAGUUUCAACGACGGAGAAAAAGUUAGAGUAGGUUAUAAAGAUAACGUCCACGAUACUCCCAUCAUCGCCAAGAAAUCACCUCGCCGAAGCAGAGAAAAAUAGUCGAUUUAGAUGGGUAUCCAAGACUUGAAAAAUAAUGAUUAAAUUACUGCUUACCUAAUAGUGAUAUCAAAAAACACGAAAUAAAACAAAUAAACUUGCUUGAGAAUCGAUAAUCAAAAUGUACCAAAUGCUCGUA